CACACUCCGCAGCGAGACAAGUGAACCAGCUGUACGAUCCUCGGAAUGGUUGCCAGUUCGUGGUCAGUGUCUAGGUGACGGUGAGGGCUGUUUGUUUGUUCAUCAUUCAGAUGCGCUCGUUGAAACCGUUGGCAGAUGCGGAUGAAGGCCGACAGUGCGGAUGAUCGUCCGCUGGAUGUUCGCAGGCCUAUACUAAUGGGUCAGUACGUGCUGAAAGCACGUGACACGUUGACGGGUCGGUCAGCUCAGGACUCCACGCCCGUCGCCCGACCAGGAGUGUGGUACAGUGAUGUUGGCUACCAUCGAGCAGUGAGCAGAGAACUUGCCGCAACGCGUCCCAACACGUCCGUCGUCUGGUCGCUCGUUCGUGCGCCGUCGGACAAGACCGUCUGCAAACGCGGAGGGGUAUUCUCUGGCCGGAGCGAUGAGGAGGCGACGCGUGGGGACCGGUGGCUCGUCUAUGGGAGAGACCGUGCGGAGAGACUAAGUAUCACGACGGCCAGGCCAGGAUGCAUGAGAGCACUCUAUGCGCUACCGCUGCGUUACCGGCGGCGUCCUUCAGUUGUAACUUAUCUGGUGAGUAGGACGCUUCUCCGUUAUCUGAUAACACGCACAACGUUACCUCCAUCCAGCUUCCUUCAUCCUUCGCACGUACGUCCAAAUGCAUGCUCCGAUUCGUGUCAGACUCAUCACCGCCAGCUGCUCAGAUCGCAUUGUAGUGAUGACAACGACUGGAUAAUGCAAAUGGCAUGCUGAAGGUUCGUUCUGAGCGGGCAUUCUGUUCCAUGAACCCCGUGUUGUGAAGAGCAGACAAGUGUGCCAUUCCGAGGCGUGUACGCUCGGUAUUGAACGACAUGCCUGCGUCACGUUGCCCUCGGCAACGACGGUCGGACAGCCGCACGGAAGAUGCGUGUCCUGCAGCUUUAAGGUAAGUA